UUUCUUCUUUGUUUACAUUGACAGCAAAAUGGCGGAUAAAAGUUCAAGUUAGUUAAUUUUGAACAGAUGACUCAGACUGUGCAUAGAGAACAGUGGAUUUUUAUGGUACGUUAUGGCCUCAGUGAAUUCAAGUACUACAGUAUAUAUUGGAAACCUCAACACCAAAACCAGACUAACUGAACUAAAAUCCAGUCUUCUUAGAUUGCUCCAGAAAUCGCUCAAAGUACACGUAACUCCAAACGAUAUCAGUAUUAUAAAUGGUACAAAACGUUAUGCACUUGUUGACGUGCAUCAUGAACAGAACGUUGAUUUCCUGUUAGAAAACCUCUCUGAUUACGAAGACAGAAAAAAGAUCAAGUUUAAUUUUCUCCAGUUAGUUGAAGAAGGGACCUGGUUAUAUGUAGACAAAGUAAAAUCGCAGGACGAAAAACAAGCAAGAGACGAUUUCGAAAACGCCAAAAAUCCAAAACCAUUUCAAAAGCCGCACCUCCACACAAGAAAACGUCCUGAGUACGAUGUUAUUGUUCCACUGAGACCAUCAGCAGAUCCAAAACAGUCCAGGACAGGAUCUAGACUUAGCUCGAGCACAUUGAAAAAUCAGAGUCGUUUAACCCCAAAAUCAUACCUUUCAACUGAUUUAGAUGUGACUUUACCAGAUUUACAUAAUAGGUCAGGUCCACAUGAGGAGGGGGAAGAGGUCAUGAACAAAAGGAUUGACAUGAUACCACUAGCUGAUUCUACAUUAAAGACUCAUGAAGAUUCUGAUGACUCUGGAACACAGAUGGAUUCAGUGAAUAACAGAACACUUUCUUCCAUACACGGAGAUGGGGACGAUUAUGAAGCUUCUCCACAAAACUCUGAAUAUGAAGAUCCUCCGGGAUCUGUGAUAGAUCUUCGACAUGUAAGCAGGUCUUCAUUUCAAGGAAAGAUUACUCCAAGAAUACACAGGCGGACUGCUAGAACAACCAAGUCUUCUGCAAGUAGAAGGGAUUUCUUUGAUUUCUUGGAUAAACAAGUUGGUGGGGAGUCACCUGACACUGAGCAGGAUAUAACCCCUAAAGCAGAGGCAGGACCAGAUGAAGACGAGGGAACACCGUACUAUAGGCCAGGUGAGGUUGUGUACAACAACGAUUUUACUAAAGAGUUCAAAUCCUACCUGGACGGGAAAUACACGCUGAAGCAGAUACGUGAUCAUGUGUCAAGAUGUGUUUGUGGGUUUCUUAACACUGGACAGAAAGGCAUGCUACUGAUAGGGGUUGACUCUAGAGGUAAAGUUAUGGGUAUAGAGUGUAAUGGACAACAAGAAGACAGAUACAGGAAGCAUUUCCUUGAUGCUAUCAAAGAUAUCUACCCACCGGUAUUUGGUGAAGAGUAUUCUAUACAUUUUUCACCCUUGCUUGAAGACAAUGGGAGACAGCAUCCAAGUUUGAAAGUGAUUGAAGUGAGAGUUUUUCCACCCAAUAAUCCAGAUGUUCUGUAUGAAAGUAAGGAAGGAGUAUUUGUUCGCCGCAAUGGUGUUUUAACGGGACCAAUACGGCCAAGUCAUAUACAGGAAUGGAUUAAACAGAAACAUUUUGCUGAUUUGGAUGAAAUGCAUUCUGCUGAACAGUUCCUGAAAGAUGAACUUAAUAAGAAAGAUGAGACAAUAAGACAACAAGGGGACACUAUCCGGGCUCAGAAAAGUGAAAUAGAACGUCAGAGAAAUGUUAUAGAAUCUAAAGGCUGUAAUAUAUUGUAGUACAAGAAGAGCAUAAAGAAAUUAAGUUAAGGAUGCUAUUUAGGCUUAAAAAAAUUCUUUGUUUCUGGUAACAUGCUCAAAAAAAUUAGGCUAGGUAGGUCGGAAAUGUUUUUGUUUGGAAUUCUUUUUUAUUAUGUGAGACUUUUCAAAAAUUAUUUUUGUGUCAAAAAAUGAAUAAAAAUAAGGGCGUUAUGCCUUUAGAGUAUCAGUAAGUUGAUUUCUUACAUCACUGACCAUGUUUAAAGCAUAAAAAGUGCAGUUUUGCAACUUUUUGUUAAAUAGUUUAAAAAAAUAUUCUCCUAGGCCUUUAACAUUUAGGGUUGGACCAAAAAUUUAGGGUAGGUCGGGAUACUGAAAACAAACACCUUUUUUUUUUAGCUCACCUGAGCACAAAGUGCUCAAAGGUGAGCUUUUGUGAUGGCCCUGUUGUUGUCCGUCCGUCAGUCGUCCGUCCGUCUUCUGUCGUCAACAAUUCAACAGUAAACACUCUAGAGGUCACAAUUUUGGCCCAAUCUUAAUGAAACUUGGUCAGAAUGUUACCGUCAAUGAAAUCUUGGAUAAGAUUAAUAUUGGUUUAUCUGGGGUCAAAAACUAGAUCACCAGGUCAUAUCAAAGGAAAAGCUUGUUAACAUUCUAGAGGACACAAUUUUAGCCCAAACUUAAUGAAAAUUGGUCAGAAUGUUACCCUCAAUAAAGUCUUGGAUGAGUUUGUUACUGCGUUAUCUGGGGACAAAAACUAGGUCAGCAGGUCAAAUCAAAUGGAAAGCUUGUUAACACUGUAGAGGCCACAUUUAUAACCGUAUCUUCAUGAAACUUGGUCAGAAUGUUAAUCUUGAUGAUCUCAAGGUCCAGUUUGAAUCUGGGUAAUGUAGGAUCAAAAGCUAGGUCACCAGGACAAAUCAAAGGAAAAGCUAGUUUACACUGUAGAGGCCACAUUUUUGAUUAUAUCUUAAUGAAACUUGGUCAGAAUGUUAAUCUUGAUGAUCUAUAGGUCAAGUUCAAAUGUGGGUCAGGUGGGGUCAAAAACUGGGUCAUUAGGUCAAAUCAAAGGAAAAGCUUGUUACCACUCUAGAGGCCACAUUUCUGACUGUAUCUUCACGAAACUUAGUCAGAAUGUUAAUCUUGAUGAUCUUUAGGUCAAGUUUGAAUCUGAGUUAUGUCUGGUCAAAAACUAGGUCACUGGGUCAAAUCAAAGGAAAAGCUAGUUAACACUUUGGAGGCCACAUUUAUGACCACAUCUUAAUGAACUUGGUCAGAAUGUUAAUCUUGAUGAUCUUUAGGUCAAUAGGUCAGGUGAGCUAUACAGGGCCUUCAUGGCCCUCUUAUUUUCAAUAAAAUGAUGAGUUCUUAUCAUUACUUGAUGGUCGUUGGCGUCGGCAUUGCUUUUUGCAAGAAUUAUGGCCCCUUUUGGACUUAGAUAAUCAGAUUUCUUGGUUAAGCUUUGUGUUUAGGUCAGCUCUUCUCCUAAACUAUCCAAGCUAUUGUUUUAAAAACUUGUAACACUUGUUCACCAUCAAAAGCUGACUCUGUACAGCCAGAAACAUAACUCCAUCCUGCUUUUUGCAAGAAUCAUGGUUCCUUUUGGACUUACAUAAUAUCAGAUUUCUUCGUUAAGUUUUGCAUUUUAGGUCAACUUUUCUUCAUAACUGUCAAAGCUAUUGCUUUAGAACUUGGAGUAGUUUUUUGCCUUUAAAAGCUGACUCUGCACAGCAAGUACCGUAACUCUACAAUUGCUUUUUGCAAGAAUUUUGGCCCCUUUUUGACUUAGAAAAUCAUGGGUAUGACAAUAUUUCUAUUAUACAGGGACUAAAAAAAAACAGAUGAGCAUCUGCACCCGCAAUGCGGUGCUCUUGUUAUGCCUUAUGUUGAAUAUAUUCCACGUUUUUGAAAUAUGAAGAUAAAUAUAUGCAAUUUUUUGGACUUUGGAAUAUUACAACAACAUCAGGCCCCGUGUUCACAAAACAUUUUCAGUCUCAGCUGAGUCUGAUAAUGAAACUUUAUUAGUCAUUUUUGUCUAAAUAGCAUGUUUAAAACUAAAUUGUAAGUUAAUAACUAUUUUUGUAUGGCUAUUCAGUAUUGAUAGUCAGUCUCAGAUGGAAUUUAACCUUGAAGUUUUAGAAAAAUUGAGAUUAAAAUUUCAAACUCACUCAGCUGAGACCGAAAAAUGUUUCUUGAACACGGGGCCAGAACAUUGUGUACUAAACCCCAACUGAAAGGGAACUUUGUAUACAUCAUCAACAUUAAUGGACAUUACCACAUUUGUGGGAGUUUAUUUUUUAAUUUUUUUAGUAUUGGCCAUUGUUUUUGGACUUCAGAAUGUUACACCUAAAUCAGAAUGUUGUGUACACAAAUCUGUCUGAUUGUUAUUUUUUGGAGUAAUGGCCCUGUUAUGGACUUUAUUUAUUUUUCUGUUAAGAUUUUUAGGGGUAUGUGUCAGACAAUGUGUCCGUCUGUUUGACCUAUUUUUCUGUUGUUGUCACAAUCAUUUGAUUUGAACCAAUUAUAUGCUCAGUUUUUAAAACUCAUUUUAAUGUCUUUUGACAUGAGGGUUGUUUUUAAAUUCAAAUACAUGCUUUAAAAAAAGUUGAUGUACCAUGUUCAGUUGAUAUAGAAAUGUGACACAUCAAAUACAAUUAAAGGAUUUUACAGGAAUCAGUCAGUUGAAGCAGGGAUUUAAAUGCAUUCAAAGGAUUGCUAAGGCUUUACGGGUAGUAGAUACUUGUUGAGGAUAUUUAAAGCAAGUAACCCAAACACGAUAGUUUAUCAAUUUUUUAGCUCGUACAUUGGAAGAAUAGGUAGGCUUAUUGGACAUGCCCAUGUGUCGGCGUCUGCAUCCCCGUCAGCGUCCUGAUAUGGUUAAGUUUUUGUAUGUGAGCUUAUAUCUCAGUAACCACUAAGUCUUAUGGGAUUGGAUUGAAUGAUCUGUCACUCAAUGAACAGGUUUCAUAACUUAACUUUGCAUUUUUACAAAACUAUGCCCCUUUUUAGCUCACCUGAGCACGAAAUGCUCAAGGUGAGUUAUUGUGACCGGUCAUUGUCCAGAGUGCGUAUCCGUCAAUCCAUAUUUGCCUUUUUAACACUAGAGGUCACAGUUGUGACACAGUCUUUAUGAAACUUGGUCAGAAUGUUUUUCUUGAUGAUCUCUAGGUCAAGUUUGAAACUGAGUCAUGUGUAAUCAAAAACUAAGUCUUUAGGCCAGAUCAAAAAAACUAGGUCACCCGCUAAAAUCAAAGGAAAAGCUUGUAAACACUCUAGAGGUCACAUUUAUGAUCCUAUCUUCAUGAAACUUGGUCCGAAGGUUUAUCAAGAUGAUCUCUAGGCAAAGGUCGAAACUGGGUCUUGUGGGGUCAAAAACUAUGUCACCUGCUCAAAUCAAAGGAAAAGUUUGUUUACACUGUAGAGGCCACAUUUCUGACCCUAUCUUCAUCAAACUUGGUCAGAUUGUUUAUCUUGAUGAUUCCAAGGCCAAGACUGAAUCUGGAUCAUGUUGAGUCAAAAACUAGGCCACCCACUCAAAUCAUAGGAUUGCUUGUUAAAAUUCUAGAAGCCACAUUUAUGACCCUAUCGUCAUGAAAGUUGAUCAGAAUAUUUAUCUUGAUGAUCCCUAGGUCAAGUUCGAAUCUGGGUGAUGUUGGGUCAAAAACUAGGUCACAUGCUCAAAUCAUAGGAAAAGCUUGUUAACACUGUAGAGGCCACAUUUAUGAUCCUAUCUUCGUGAAACGUAGUCAGAGUGUUUAUCUUGAUGAUCUCUACGCCAUGUUCGAAUCUUGGUCAAAUGGGGUCAAAAACUAGGUCACACAGUCAAAUCAAAGGAAAAGCCUGUUAACACUUUAGAGGCUGUAGGCCUAAUUACUCAGGUGAGCGAUCCAGGGUCAUCAUGACCCUCUUGUUUGACUUAUUAAUUUAAUUGACAAGGCUGUUGAAUAGUUGAGCAUUGCUAUCCUCUUGUUUAAAGAAUUUCUGCAACUUGAUGUUUGCAAUGUGCAGCCUAACUGGAAAUCCAGUUAUUUUUGUUUAAUCCAAAAUCUUUUUCAGAAAUUAUAGGCAAUUCAUUUACCAAUAAAAACAACAAAGUUUCAACAAAAUUUGACCUAACUACAUAUUGAUGAUACCACAUACAUGUUUAGACAUAAAGGUAAAUAUAUGAAAAGUUCAUUUUUAGUGGUUCAUGUACGGGUUAGUCGCAUUAAAGAAUCCAUAUGGUUAGAAUUUAAAUUGUAGCACUGAUUCUUCAAAUGUUACUUAGAAAAAUGGAUGUAACUUAUAUGUGUAUUUCAAAAUGGGAUGAAAACAUUUCUUUGAUACAUAUUACCUGAUUUGCAUACAGUGCUUGUGUUGUCUUAAGAAUAGAAUCUUUAUAAUACUGAUAUCAUUUUGGUGGGAGUUACAUUACUACAUUAUAACACCUGUCACUUUAUAGUUUUCACAACUUUUGUGCCUUUCUGAGAAAAUAAAGACUUAGUAUUUAUGUAUAGAGUUCUCAUGUUCUUAGGAAUAUGUCAUAGGUUAAGGUUUUUGUUUAGGUCCAUUUUUCUUGAAAACUAUAUGAGCUCUAACUUUGUACACUUGUUUUGGAUCAUUAUGUGUGAAAGUAGACCAGGCAUCAUAAGCUGCUCUUACAUGUUGCACUCAUAUGCGUAGCUUUUGUUCUACAAGACAGCCCAACCUGUUAUCAUAUUAAGAAAUAUUGUUUGUAAGGAUUUUAAUGUGUUUAUAUUGUAUGUUUGGCCUGCUGCAUUAUGGUAUUGAUCUUGACCUUUGACAUACAUGCAUGUGAUAUUACUUCAUUUAGAUCUGUACCAAUAUAUUGUUUGACAUUUUAGUUGAAAAUGUUUGAAAUAAAAUCAAAGUGCCAUAAUCUGUU